UGGGCAUUGAUUUUCAUAACAAAGCCUUAUUAAUCAUAAAAACAUAUUUAGCUUUAAAAUAUUUUGGUAUGCUGAGCAUGACCAGCAUGACGUUCAGCGGUGACAACGGUGACAUCAACAGAACUUGGUUGAAAAACAUGAUCGUUUCAUCAACAUGUCUUCGGAAGGCAAUGAUCGUGUACCAACACCACCAGAACUCAAUUUCACUCUCAAAACAGAGAGUGACUUUAAUAACAAUGACUUGUCAAGUGACGAGAUUCAGGCACAACUACUACUGACAGAUAUUUUGAUAAUAACAGCAAGUGAUCAUGAAUCGAGUGCUUGUUAUUCGUAUAUGAAACCUAUUCGACGAUGUUAUUGUGAAGAUCUAUAUAGAUGUGUAGAUUUCGGUCAAUUUGGCGAUGAGGAUGAUCAGAAUGUGAAAGUUACAUUGAUGAAAUGUGAAUUGCGAUCGAAUGAAGGUCAGUUAGCUGUGAAAAAUGCUGCUGAAAUAUUAAAGCCAAAAGUAGUUCUUUUUGUCGGUACCUGUGCAAGCAAGAACCCGAAGAAGGCAAAACUUGGCGAUGUUGUCGCUUCCGCAAAGUUGGGGACUUAUGAUAGAAAAGUUAUGGCAGAUGGUACAGUGAACUAUCGCGGUGCAAAAGUGAGUGAAAUCAUGGCUUGUCUUAUUCUAAGUGCAGCUGAUGAUUGGAAACCACCGUUAAAAGACCCAACUAGUUUAAACAUCGAAGUUCAUUGUGACGCUGUGAUGUUAAGUGACUCAAAUUUAUUCGACGACGACAAAGAUGUAGUGGAUUAUUGCCAUAAUGCACUUGGCCUUGAAAUGGAGAGUGCAGGUAGGUAGAAUUUUACAGCCUGUUACAAUCAAAUUAAAUAAAAAGUAAAUCGAAUUCAAGAGGA